GGUCACAUGACCCGCAACAGAAACCUAACUUUUACCAAGAAGAGAAAACGAAACUUAGCUUUCUCCCACGUUGGCCCCAGUUCCUUUCUUUUUCCAAUUUCUCCUCAUGUUCUGUGUAUAGCAGCUCAAGAGCGCAUGGUGCAACAUUACCGCCAUCCAUGCAGUAUUUAUAAGCGGGCUUUGGAAGGCUGCGGACUUUACCGAUCUAACUCUGAGAUGAUCCAGCGUGUUUCACUUUUCAUUUAAGCUACCUAGAGCCGAGAUUUUCUUGUUCUAUCUGUUCCGCGCUUAUUUUUCUUUUGUAUAACCUUAGUAUUGUAAUUUAAAUUCUUUUUGUCAAACAGUUUUAAUAACUUGAGCAUUGGAAGACUUCUAAACCAGCAAGCCUAAACGUGACCAAACUGUCUUUUUCACCUUCUUCCUCUGAUCGUCUGAAGCGUGUGUCCAUCCUGAGCCAAGGCUCCAUCUUCUGUGAUUUCUGUUGGAAUCCAAGUGCUUGACGUGAUCCUUAAGCUGAACAGAGAGCUGCUCCGGCCCCCCUUUUUAGCUCAACCCCUGCGCUAUGAGCAGAGGUAGAGGAGGGCCUUACAAAGAACAUUUCUACAGACGCCCACCUCCCCACCUACAGGCCAAGGAGAACUACAACAGACCAGUUCAGGCCCAAUUUUUUCAUGGAGACAACCCUGAUCUGAUCCCAAACCUAAAUUACUACAACCAUCCUGGAGGGGCCCCUCAGCCGCAACCUCCCCUGCACCCAUCGGCUCCCCCUGUACCAAGCCACAUUAGAUUGGCUGCUGCUUCUGACUACAUACAUAACCAAGGUCAGGGCGGCAGCCCAGCUCCAAAUUCCUUCAUUUGCAAACAAGCAGAGUUUCUAAGAGGACAGAGCACCGAGGCACCACAGUUUAGAUCCAGCCAACGAGGCGGGGGCGCACCAUUCAGCAGGCCACCUAGUUCUCCAUACCAGGCACCAUCAGGCUAUAUUAGACAUUCAAACCCAGGCAGCAGUCCAAGAGGUCGAGGGGGCUACAGCCCAAACCAAAUUUUUCGAUACUCUUCAGGUCCAAGAGCAACUGGAGGGGCCCUGGGCCCUCGAUUACAAAAUCAAAACCAGUUUCAAGGCAGAACCAGCUAUAAUCAGUCAUCCAACAGACAAUGUUGGCCCCAGACGGAGUCUCUCUGUGACCAUUUUCAGAAUCUGUCUCUUCAACAAGAUCAGUCUAGCCGAGGUAGAGAGAGGUUUGACAGAUACUCUUUCCCUAGCAGCUCGACAGAGUCGAGGUUCGAAAGAGUUAAUAUCACCUUGACGCCAGAUAUACAGGAGCAGGUGCACAGAGCUUUGGCUGCUUUGAAGUCAGGUGAGAGGAUCUCUGCUAAAGUAUUAGCUAGAAGAAUCCAUUUACCCAAAAAGACAGUAAACAAGGCUCUCUACUCUUUGGAGCGGUCACACAGAGCUUAUAAGCAAGAAGUGCUACCUCCUCUGUGGAGUUUGUACAGGGCGGAAGGAGAUUACGUGUCUGACAGCAAAAGUCCAGCUUCAUAUCUGUGUUUUGGUCCAGAACAUCCACAAACAGCUGAAACAGAGGCUGACCCAGAAAAGGAAAACAAGGGGCAGGUCAAAGAAGAGGACUCUGAUACAGAAUCGAAUUCUUCUUACAGCUCGUCUUCAGAGUCUUUUGACUUUUACAAAGCCCAGUCAGCGGCAGGAAGUCAGAACGAAAAAGAUCGUCCAAACACAACCAGCGCCACCCAUCAGGAGGCUACUUGUCCCAUCAUGGCAAACAGCAAAGAGCAGGUUUUACAAUUUCUUCUAGAUGUAGGAGAGGCAACUGCUCUUGUCAUAGCCAAAAAUCUGGGUCUUAAAAAUGCCAAGCAGAUCAACCCCACCCUUUACGCUCUGGAGAAGCAAGGUGAAGUCAAUAGGGAUAGCGACGUCACUCCUCCAAAAUGGAUGCUUUCUGCACACCGCAAAGAGAGGAUGGAAAGGAGCUUAAAAAUUGCAAAGAGUGCCUCCGUUUUUGGGCGUCAUUUGGGAAUGGAAAUCUUUAAAGAGGAGGAUACCGCAAGCGCCGAUUUCCUAUCAACCUUACCAGGACUUGAGCCUUUGCCACUGUUGGAGGAUUUGCUGCCAGAGCAAAGUCAAAGUAUUGAGCUACCUGUAUUGUUGAGUGAGGACAAAGCUCCUGGCGAGCAACUGUGGGCUGAUGAUGAAAUCCCAGAGUACCUCAAUGCAAUCCGGCGAGAGACCGACGCAAAGAAGAUGGCAGAACAGCAGGGCGGUGCUGUGGGAACCGUCGCUGUGUCGGUGGCUGCACCACCUCCUCAAAAUCUGUGGGGCAAAUUACAGGAAGUGAGGCUGAAGAACCCGGUCAGCGGCCUAAUGGAAUAUGCCCAGUAUCUGGGCCAAAACUGCGAGUUCCAGCUCCUCGACCAGUCAGGACCCUCUCAUGACCCAAGAUUUCGCAUGCAGGUGAUGUUGAAUGGGAAGCUGUUUCCCAUCGCAGAAGCUUCCAGUAAGAAGGUUGCUAAGAAGGAUGCUGCAGCCGCCGCGCUGCGCAUCCUUAUCGGAGAGAUUCAGGGAGGACCAGGUCCGCUGGAGGAGGCAAAUGCUGCCGGUGUUGACCAAAUGUUGGAUAUACUUCCAGACACAAGCGGUUCAGUUGAAAAUAUAUCGGGAACCUUCGGGUCGAACAACGUCGAAGUACCAGGGGAAGGACCUCGACAGCCGCUGUCCCGGUCUCUGCCUGGUGGGAAGAAUCCAGUGUCUGUACUGAUGGAGUACAGCCAACGCAGUGGAAACUCCAUCGAAUUCAUCAACACCGGGCAGGCUGGACCACCACAUGACCCAAGGUUCAUGUUCAGAGUGAAAGUUGGAGACACGACGUUUGCAGAAGCCUCAGCGCCAAGCAAGAAGGCAGCACGUCAGCUGGCAGCAGAGGAGGCGGUUAAAGAGUUAAUGGCUGAUGGAAAACUGCAAGUCAGCAAGCCUCAGUUGCCCCUCGGCCCGUCCUUUGAAGGAGACGGAGGUGCUUUCCGAGCAACCUGUCCUUCGUUGCCUCCUCUAACUGCAAGUGAGUUGCAAGCUGCCCAUGAGGCAGGGGUCGGAGACCUCAUCAAUCACCUGAACAACAACGCCGUGUCAGGGCUGUUGGAAUACGCCAGAGCUCGGGGCUUUGCUGCUGAGAUCCGCCUGGUGAGCCAGUCAGGACCUCCACAUGAUCCUAAGUUUACCUACCAGGCGAAGCUGGGCGGCCGGUGGUUUCCUCCAGUUUGUGCCUCCAACAAGAAACAGGGAAAGCAAGAAGCAGCAGACGCGGCGCUGCGGGUUUUGAUUGGAGAAGCUGAGAGAGCAGCACGCACCGGAGAGCUCAUCCCAACUGAGCUACCAGUAAGUGGCAGCACUUUGCACGACCAGAUAGCCAUGUUGAGCCACCAGCGUUUCAACGCCCUGACCACCCGCAUCCAGCACAGCCUUCUGGGACGCAAGAUUCUGGCCACCAUCGUCAUGAGAAGAGGGGAGGGACUGGGAACUGUCGUCAGCCUCGGAACUGGAAAUCGUUGCGUUAAAGGGGAGGAGCUGAGCCUCAAAGGGGAGACAGUAAAUGACUGCCAUGCUGAAAUCAUCUCCAGGAGAGGAUUUAUUCGGUUUCUGUACAGCGAGCUGCUCAAGCACUACGAUGGAGCAGACGACAGCAUUUUUGAGCCCGCAGAGGAGAACAAACUCAAGAUCAAACCUGACAUUACCUUUCACCUCUACAUCAGCACGGCACCUUGUGGGGACGGAGCUCUGUUCGAUAAGUCAUGUAGUGAGGCAGGAGAUGAAAUUGAGGGCCACAAGCCGCUUUUUGAGAAUGCAAAGCAGGGCAAGCUUCGUACUAAAGUGGAGAACGGUGAGGGGACCAUCCCAGUGGAGUCGAGUGCCAUUGUCCCCACCUGGGACGGCAUCCAGCACGGUGAAAGGCUGCGCACCAUGAGCUGCAGUGAUAAGAUUAUGCGCUGGAACGUGCUGGGCCUGCAGGGGGCACUACUCUCUCAUUUCUUGCACCCUAUCUACUUAAAGUCCAUCACCCUGGGCUAUCUGUACAGUCAUGGUCACCUGACGCGUGCGGUCUGCUGCCGGCUGGCCAGGGACGGCGAAGCCUUCUCCCAGAGUCUCCCUCCUCCCUUCACCCUGAACCACCCGGAGGUGGGCAGAGUGAGUGUGUACGACUCCACCAGGCACACAGGCAAGACCAAGGAGUCCAGUGUGAACUGGAGCUUUCCAGACCAGCACAACGUAGAGGUGCUGGAUGGGACCAAAGGAAAGCUAGAUGGGAACAAGCAGGCCAUGUCCCGCGUGUCCAAGUCCAACCUGUUCUGCCUGUUUCGCUCUCUGUGCCAGAGGUGCAGCCGCACAGACCUCCUCUCUCUGCCCUCCUACGCUCAGGCCAAGACGUCGGCCGUACCCUUCCAACUUGCCAAGCAGCUGUUCUUUGAAGCUCUCUGCAUCCACGGAUACGGAGCCUGGAUUGGCAAGCCGCUGGAGGAGAAGAGCUUCGAAGUGUUGGAGGGAAACAGAAACAAUGGUGGGAGCGUCCCUCUGGGAGUUGGGAACAGUAAAAACGGAGGGCUAGUGGAGUACAAGCAGGUGGAGGCGUAGAUCCGUGCAGGGGGCUUAAUUUCAAAAAUCUAAUUCAUCUGUGGGGAAAGAAAGGGUAGAUUAGGGAGAGAGGGGUGGGGGGACGGAGACAUAAUAAAGUAAAAGUACAAUCAAACAGCACAAAGCCAGUGGCCAGAACUGUGUCUUCUGAUGGAACAUGGUUGAAGGCUGCUGUGAGAUUGAUGGGAAGGGACGGGACGAGUCAAGGGCAAAGCCUGAAGUAUGAAUGAGGUCACAGUUGACAGGACGGAGCUGGGUAGAGGUCCAGGGGCUGUACAGACCACUGUAAACACUACAUGCAAGAGGAACUUUCUGCAGUCAGUCUCCAUCUCUGUCAGCGCUGCACGACUCAACUUCAGCAGUUUGUGCGCAGUCCUUUGCAUUAUGUUCCAGACCUGUACUGUUAAUUGUUCUGUUAUCGGAGUGCAGACCAUAUCGUGUUUUCUUUUUAUGUUGUUGGAGCUGGUUUGUAAACUAUGCUUUAUGUUGCUUUACGUGGAAACUGCAAAACAAUCUGGACCAAGAUUACUUCUCAAUAAAUUGUUUUAUUAUUACCAUUUGCAACAAAAGAAACCAAAUAAAUCUGGCCUAGUGUCACUCUGCAUUGUAGCGGUGAAUAUAAUUGCAAUUAAGGUAAAAACGAAACAAAGAAAAAAAGCGUAAUGCUCUUACAUUUACUCUCCUGCGAUCUUGGCGCGUUGCUCAGGAGGAGCGCAGCAAAUGUGAUGGUUGCAGAAGGAUGCGGGGGGUUUGUCCCGUGUUUCUCAAUCCCGGUCCUCAGGCCCCCUCUGCCCUGCAUGUUUUAGGUGUUUCCCUUCUGCCACACACCUGGAUUGAAUAUUUUGGUGAUUAACAGACUACUGCAGUACUUGAUGGUCAUGCAACCAUUUGAAUCAGCUGUUCUGGAAUAUCGGCACAUCUAAAACAUGCAGAGCAGGGAGACCUGAGGACUGGAAUUGAGAAGCACUGCGUUGGACCAUCAGUUCCUGAAACCAAACAAAAAAACAAAAACCUCGGAAAAGUUCACGCGGGGUAUGUGCAAUCCUGCGCAGUCGGACCGUGCACAGAGUAAAAACCUGUUUGGUCCAAAUGACCCCGUCUCCGAAGUCGUAGGCAUUAAAGUUAGUGAUUUGCUCUGGCUAAAGUUCGGCAAAAAUGUGGCAUAGAAGCAGCUUUUGGGAAGGUUUAAGGAAGAAGUGAUUCUCUUCUGCAAUGAGAAUUUGUCAAUUUCCGAUGUGCAGGUUUUGUAAUUCUUUGACCUACUGAUACAGAUAUUUUUUUAUGAUCUGAUGUAAGAAAAAAAACCUCUUUUAAGGGAUUGUUAAUUAUUUAUAUUUGGGACAUCACACCAAUCUUCGAGAUAACUGUCUCUAUAAAGCAGGGCUUUACUGUCAUGAAACCCAGUUUUACAGCGACACAAGAUAAAAACAAAGUUCAUCAAGACAAAAACAGUAGAAUCUUUCCCAAGUAGAUUUUGACCACAAAAGAACAAGUGUGACUGACUUAACAAAAAAAACAUUUUUCCUAUAGAUUUCCAAGAAAGUGUGGAUCCUUACCACAUAUUUAAGGUUUCCAAAACCCAGCCGUUUCCAAAUGUUCUGUUGAGAAAGGUUGAGAGACCUAAACAAUAAAACAGAGCAUCUUUGAUCGUGUCCAAAGUAUCUCACUCAUACUGAAUGAUUCCUUUCAAAUAGCUCCUUGCAACUUUUAUUCUUUCUGAAAUUAUUUUAAAUACAUUACUGAUGGUAGGUGUUUUCCCCUCAGUGAUGGCGUCCCCACAGAAGAGUGUGAGUAGGAAGGCCUGACUCGACUGGUUUUUGUCCAAAAGUCAAUUUCUCUGUGCAUUCCCAGUUGGACGGUGUGGUUCCUUUGAGAUCAGAUGCCAAUUUAGGACUGGUAGCUCACGCUGUUGCGCACGAAGAUUUACUUUAAAACUGCUUUUCCUUCGUUGUUGGUCAUUCAUGUGACGGUCAGUGACAGAGUAUGGAGAUAAAGGUUAAAUAUAAUUUCGUGUUGGGAAUAUAAAAUUAGUGGUUUGCAGAACUGAAGUACUCCCCAUUUUUAAAGUCAACUGUUUGACUUCUAAAGUUAAUGUUUCGUCUUAUGUUGCAUAUAAAGUGUUUUUCUUCAUUUUAAAGGCCUAAGAAGCCUCAGCAAACUGACAGCAGGGUCGUCUUUGUAUUUUCACAAUUUCAGUCACUUUAGCUCUGACUGGCAGAAACAACGAUUGUUCUUUGUAAAUAUAUAUUUACAUUAAUCUCCCUUUAAGGACGAAUUGCUGGGGUUUUAUUAUUUUAAUUGAUUUGAACAAUGCAUUGACUUAAUUUGGUUGAAAGGAGAGAAAUCCUUGUUUUAAACUUACAGUACAGCCCCCCAAACUUUAACUGUACAUAGGAUCAAGUUUUAUCAGACACUUUAAGAUUGUGGUUGAAGCUUCUGUGUUGUUGUUUUUUUUUUUUUUUUGUUUUCGCUUUUCCGAUUUCUACCAGCUUGUUAGUUCCCUGCACAUCCGUUGACAUCUUGUCUUUAUAGUUUUAAUUUCCUCAGUUUAGGUAAAAGCCUUCGUUUGAUUGGUCUCAUCUGUCCUUUCCUUCAAACAUUUAUAGAGAAAUUACCAUGUCUCAGCCUGAAAAAAGUACACCAUCACUGUUUGUAUGGCUUAUGUGGUUUGAGUCUUUCUACUUUUUUUUUUUCUUCCCAAGUCUGUAAUUAUUGUUCUCGCAAUGUUUUUGAAAGCCUCAAAUGUUGCUUUUUAGCUUCUGCAUGGGAAACGGUUAGAUCUCGAAGCGUGACUCUCUCAGGAGGACUGCAAAGUCGGGAAACGUGGCUGUCUGUAAGGGGCGCUGUUUUCUUAAAUAAAACUGCUGAUGCAAUAUAUACAUGAGCUGUACACAAAUACAUGAGUACACAGACAUGCAGUGGGUUUCAGAAGCCUGAGUCUGGUGUCAGAACCUCGUUUAAGUUUGUUACUCAGACUAUUCAGUAUUUGCUUUAACUAAUACUCGUAUGCAGAUAUGCCUCGGAGGUUUUCUUUUUUUUUUUUUUUUUUUCCAAGCAAGGAAGAGCUAUGCAAGCACUAAGUGAUACUUCAGGCAGUUUUGCGUUGGUCUGCUGCCUCUGCAGAACUACUAGAUUUUUCUUUGUUUUUAAUUCUUAAGCUUUAAGUUGCUGUUUUAGAACAGAGAGAACCUUUUCUUUUUUCGCAACUUUUAAUUUGGUUCUUAUAUUUCAGCUGUGACAGGGGGACUAUAACUUGUGAAUCAAACACAAUGUAGCAAUGCUGUUAAUGUAAAAUAAAAUUGUUUCAAGAAUACAAAAGAAAUGGAAAUGGUUUUGAUGUGACACGGUGUAGGUCCUUGUAUUGGACUCAGACCUCUGGAUCCCACUGUAUGCAACAAUAGAUGCUCGGAGUUUGAUGGUUGUAUGUCUGUGUGUGUAUGUAUUUGUGUUUUUAAUGUAUAUAUUUUCUAAAAAUAAAAUGGCUUUUUAUAUUUUUUUGUUCAUGUUUUUUUUUUUUUAGAUUAAAGUGAAUUAUAUAUUUCUUUUGAACAAUGGACUUUGGGAAAUUGAGAUAAUAAAAAUGGCAAUCUGUCUCAUUUA